UCGUAGUAGUUUGAGCCUGAGGCAUUGAGGUGAGUCCUACUUCGAGAAUCUGGGAGUUUUCCAAUGAAGGAAAUAGGAGACCCAUCACUGGACUCCGAAAACGAAUCAGGGGAAGAAGAUGGAGGAGAGGAAACGCAGCAAGAGCAACAGAAGCCCAAUCGACACGAACGAGAACUCAUUUUGCUGCAAUUUCUGGACUCGACGGACGAUUAUCUGAACCUGCUUGAUGCAUUGUCCACAACACUCCGCCAGGGAUGGUUUGAGUUGGCGAGCGCCCGACAUUCUAUGGGUACCUCUCGCAUAAGCCCUGCGCUACUGGACUUGAAAAUUCACUCUGCUGCUACAACGUUGCGGGUGGUCGAAUGCGAUGGGGGCGCUAUAGGAAGACAUCCAUGCAUUAACUUGCGGAAAUGGACAUCCGCCGAAGAUGAAGAGUGCUUGAGGGCAGAAAAAUACAAUGACAAAUUGCUAACGAGAUCUGAUAGUACACAGCUACGACAACGGAACAUUUCUGAGCUUUCUGAAGGUAAUCAGGGUAAAGGCUCUACAAAGAAAGGAGAUACUCUCAUCAUUGAUGAUCAGAUACAAAGGGAACGAUCUCAAACACUUUCUAUGUUUGGAACUCUGGUUUCCCCAAAGCUUCGGUCAGCCCAACUUUCAUUUGAGAACGCACUUGAAAUUAUUGUGGAAAUUGCGAAUAAGCGGAUUGCAAUGCUGUCUUCAUUUGAUAAAGUCAAGAAAGGAUUGGAAGACUCAUCUUCCUUCGAGUAAGUCACGAAAAAGCAAGAGAAUUAUUUGUUUCCCACCUCCAUUUCCUCGGGGGGAGAAUAGGGCUUUAAUGUAUCAUUUAAAUAAGUAUAAAUCGGUGUCGUAAACUGUAGACUAAUUCAUUGUUCUUAGUCCUCUGAAGUCCCUUUUCAAUGUGAAGAUUGGUGCCUGUAUCGAAAAUGAAAGUUGGUGUAAUGUCUAUGGUUCAAAUUGACCCCGGCGGACCUUCACACGAUUUUUUCAGUCGACGACUCAUUCAUUUUCUUACAGUUUAAUUUCCUUUUGACC